AGAAGCAGCAGGCACCAGUGGACAAGCGACCUUUUGUGCAGAUGGGCAUUGCAGAUGAGCGGCUCGUAAGUCCUGGCGCAGUACCGCAGGCUUUGCGUUGUGCCAUUUGCACGGAAGUCUUCUCAGACCCAGUUUGCGGUGCAGGCGAAUGCCAGCAUGUUUUCUGCCGGCCAUGCGUCACUGAGGCACUUGCAAGGAAGAGGGAGUGCCCAAUGUGCAGGUCCAGGAUGAACCCCCACAAACUCAGAAUCAGCCAGCCCAUGCAGUCAGUGCUAGAUGAGAUCCCAGUGCGCUGUGCACAUCAUACGUUGGGCUGCUUUUGGUCGGGCCGACUGGAUGGUUCCCGCGCACAUGAGACUGCAUGCCUGGUGCCCGAACUUCAGAGAGCCAAGAGCCAAAUUCAGGAGCUGCAAGUGGCAAAGGACCUCAUUGCCGAGCUUAAGUUGGAGAACCAAUCUUUGGAGCGCUCGCUGCAGCGGAAAACUGCAGAGCUUUUUGAUGCAAAGGUGAAACUUUCGGAGCUCCCCCGGCUGAAGGAGGAAAAGGACCAAGUUUCACAAGAGAACCGGAAGUUGAAGGGCGAAGCUCAGGAGUUUAGGGCGCAAAUCGCAGACAUUGCGGGAUUGCUGCAACAGAUGACGCAGCCUGCGAGGACUGCAGGCGGCAACUCUUCUAUGGGCACGGUGCAGGUUUUCUUGCGAGACCAUCGGGGCAAGACCCAGGUGGUCCGCAUCAGUCGAUGCAGCGAUGUCUCUGAGAUCAACCGAGUUGUCUCGGAGAAGACCGGAGUGAGCGACACCCUGUUUUACCUGACCUGCUCAGGCAGGCUCCUACAAACCAACCCCAAAGACAUCGCUCCGGACUCGACCAUCCAGAUGCGCAUGCGCGCACCCCUCCCCCAUUCCAGAUCCCCAAGACGAGCCAAUUGAGCGCACACAAGCGAGACUUCGCUUUUGUAUCCCCGAUGGCGGGGGGAUGAUCAGACUGGGCAAAGACGGCUUCUGUUCGCAGAUGAUGCAACGAUGGACGCGAUGACGAAGUUCUAUGUAUUUCUGUUGUGACGGCCCUGCGGAACUUGUACGCCUCAAUGCCGAGAUCCUCGAUGUGAUGACUCUGCGCUAUGAAGCAAAGGAUGAUUCGCGACUCAUGCCGACCAAACAAGUUGAAGGUGCCAUUGUGGACUAUCCACGCUGAUUUCAUGGUGGACGUUGUAAGGAGGCCCAAGGCGGCUGCUGCCUUGUGCGUUUGGGACAAAAGGGGCGGCGUCGAGCCAAUUUGUUGAUUACGCUGCCAAGUGCACGCUGAAGAGAGAGUUUGCUGCAGAUGACUAGAUAGCCGUAAAGGGAAUUUGUUCUUUGGAUUGGAUGCACGCACGGCAGUGGCCACUCAAGUCAAAUUCUCUGAAGGAGGAGCAUGCAAGUGCUACCUUACUAGUCCAAAUGUUGCAAUCUGGAGUUAGUUGAAAUUCUCUGCACGGUGCUGAGACAAUCUUCCAGUCUUUACGCUUGCUAUCGGGGAGCUCGCUUCUACAGCAGCUUCCAGCCCUUUGGCUCCAACGCCCAGUACCUGGCACGGGCUUGCUAUGAAGCCACCUUAUGACAAAGCCACCCCCUCUCCGGACCAACCCAACAAUUCCGACGCCAAC